UUUCUACCUGGUGGUGAUUGUAAAUCCUGGCACGGUACACCAGUACUGGGAUGUAGGUACGGAAUUCCAGGUGUGGGCCAUAUUGAUCUAUUAAUGGUAAACAGCGACAACGCGACGGCUGGCAGUGUUUGAAUGAUUUUUGACCAUGGAAAUAAUAUGAUUUGUCUUCCAGAUAGACAGAUCAUCAUUUAAACUGAUAUUACAUUAGGUUUCCGGGACAAAUACGUACGAAGUUUGGUGUAUCUAGAGACAUUACCAUGGAUUUGUAUCAAUAUUCGUUGGCCAUUUUUCUCACCUGGACUUGUAUUACAAUACGUACAGGCGUGGCGAUAGACUGUUGGGUAUGUUCCAGUGGCGACGCCGGAUGUGGGGAGGUCAUAGACGAAACGACACUUCAAGGCAACCUGAAGACAGGUUCAGGAUGUGCGGGAUGUGGGAAGACAUUCCUAUCACUGGGCACAUCAUUUUAUAGUAUCGAACGAACCUGUCUCACAUCAGCAUCCGAUACCUGCGUGAACAAACUGGGUUACGGGGACUGCACGUGCUCCACCACGUUCUGCAACGGACAAUCCCGGAAUUUCCCGAGUACCACCUUCAUUUUGGUCGUCUGUGCAGCAGCCAUGCUCGGAUUAAGAUUAUUUUUCAGACCGAAUAUAUUGUAAUAUUGGUGGUGGAAAAUAUUUGGAUAUGCAGAUUAUAAGUAAUUGAAUCAUGUCUUAUUGAGAACUAAACAGUUUCAGGGACUGAUUAUGAAAAUUGUUAAGUCAAAAUUUUAUGAAAACAGAUAUGUUCACUUGAUCCUAUUUUAUUGGAAGUACACAGACUGUGAAAAUUUGCACCAUGCGGGAGAUAAAAACUUUCUAACAGUAUGUGUGAGUUGGAAUACAGGACAAUGGUAGAAACUGUGUUGGCGACAUUUAAAUGGUUCGGAGUUUGUUUGAGAUCCAACAGAAGCGAUUUUAAUUUGCAUUGUAUGAGCGGAGAUGAACUCAAUGUGUAGCUGAGACCCAAUUCAGAAAGUGAAGUGUAAUAUAUAUUUUUGUAUUCUUGAUUUCUCAGUCACAACGUCAUCUAACCAUUGUGAUCAGUGUUGAUUAAUGAGAUAAAACUUAGAUUUAUACUUACAAUGUAUAUUUUUAUUUUUUACGUGAAUGUUUUCUAAUGAAGAAAUUUUGUGAUAUAUAGUUCAAUGUAUGUUUUUGUACAAUAAAAACAAGAUAAUUUUCGUUUAAAA